AUGUCUUUUCCAGGAAUCCAAGAGUCCAGUUUGCUUACCAAGAAUUCAAAGCGAAGCAUGAAUCCCGAGAGGAAGAACAUCUAUAAUUACAAGUUCAUGGAACCUCAGUUGGCUGUCUUGAGAGGACUUGGGGCACGUUUAGAUCUGGGGCACAAGGAUGAUUUCAAGGAGGCUUAUGGCAACCUUUUGGGCAUUCUGAACACCGAAGUCAACAUCACUGAUGUGCACACUCUGGUGCAAUUCUACGAUCCCCCACUGAGAUGCUUUACUUUCCAAGAUUACCAGCUGGAACCCACAUUGGAAGAGUAUUCACAUAUUCGGGGUAUUAGGAUCAAGAAUCAAGUUCCCUACGUUCGCACUAAGGAACUUCCUAAAUAUCAAGACCUUGUUGAAGCUUUGCACAUAGGAAAUAAGGAAGUAGAACUGAACUUGAAGCCUAAGGGUGGAAUUCAUAGCUUCAUCUCCAAGUUUCUAGUGGACAAAGUUAUUGCCUUCGCCGAAGCUAGGAGUUGGACGACCUUCAACGCCAAUCUAGCUAUACUUAUCUAUGGGGUCGUAUUGUUUCCGAAUAUGGAGGAAUUCGUAGACUUGGCUGUUAUUCAUAUCUUCCUGACUCAGAAUCCUAUUCCUACUCUCUUUGCUGAUACUUACUACUUCAUCCAUGUAAGGACUAAGAAGAAGAAAGGGACCAUCGUCUGUUGUACCCCUUUGCUGUAUAGAUGGUUUAUUUCGCAUCUACCUUGUAAAGGCCCUUUUGUUAAGAACAAAGACAACUUGAAGUGGUCCCAGAGAAUCAUGUCCUUGAACGCCGAAUACAUUUAUUGGUAUUCUUAA